AUGAAGUAUUGCUCGCCAUGGAAACUCGCAUGCCUGGGAUUGGUUUUGCUCAUCAUCCGCAAAAUCGUCAUCGCCUGCAUGGCCAUGUACAUUGUAAUGCAACAUUGGGAUGAAGUCUCAUUUGAAAAAAUGAUUCAAAAUGAAAUGUUCCAACGUUCAAUUGCCCGAAUGUCUUCAACAAAUCCAGCCCUUAUUCUCAUUCUGAAUAAACAUGCGUUGAAUAUGACUUAUAAUUGGCUUUGCAACACCCAACAAUUAUCAGGAGUGCACGAGAACACGCAUAUUGUAACAUUAGAUGACGAAGCUUCUGAAAAACUAAAAAUUUAUUGGCCAACUGUUCCUCAAAUAAAUUUAAAAAUUGAUGGAUUGAAUGACCCGUUCAAUUACGGUGACGGUCAUUAUCAGUUGUUUUACUUGUUUCGGGCUAAUCUUGUUCGGGCUUUCUUAUUAUUCAACAAGCCGAUUUGGAUGGUUCAACAAGACACAUUUUGGAGUGAUAAUCUGAUGAACAUUGAUCUUAAGAAUAAUACAAAUGAUGAUAUUAUUUUUGAUCGCGCUUCAAGUAAAAGUCCUCUCAUAGCAGAAAAGUGUGGUUAUUUUUUGGCAAGGCCAACAUACAAUUCGAAACGAUAUUUUGAGAAGUUAGCGCAGGAUAUAUCAUGGUGGUACGCACCGGACAAUGCUUAUAUGACGGCGUUGUGUGAAGUUUCGGGAUUGGCGAAAUGUGGAAGAUUGCCUUUCCAUUUGAUUACGAAUUGGCAAUGGCUUGAGAAUGUGUCGGGCACAAUACCACAGUUCAUUCAGUUUGACGGCGAAACGAAACUUAGUGGAAAGUUGGGAAAAAUGAAGCAAAUUGGAUUCUAUUUUCUCAGUGAAAACAUCGACCACCCAAUUUGCAAUUUUACAUCAGUCGAGAAUGCUCGAAGUAUUUUGAAUUCCAAAGUCUCUCAAUGGAAUAAAGUUGCCUCAUAUAGUCAUGGACAAUUCAAGAUGUAUCAGGAAAUUGUUGAUAGUUUCUACAUGACACGUGUCGGCGCGGCCGCUCUUAAUUACUUUGUGCUUCCUUACGCACAUUUCUGUAUGCUUUCUCUUGGGGUUUUGCGAAGUGGAUACGAGAAAUGGACAACACCGAACGGUAAUUAUGUGCCGCCUCCACCCAAGUAUAAGAUGAUAAGGUACGCCAGAGAAGUGCUCAAUGAUCCGGAGCACCUGUCCGUUUCAUGCUUUGCUUGCACAUUUGCCGUUGAUGGUGUUCAAAUGCUUCUUGCACAGAAUUCUACAGAUGAAGAGAUUGCUAACUUUUUAGUGAAUCUAUGCGAUAUGUUUAAUAUCGAGCAACCCCACGUAUGCAAAAAUAUCAUUCUCGCAUUCAAGGAUGAAGUAGUAUUUGUAUUAGAGCGAACCGUUUUCACACCACGUGAGAUUUGUGGAGCUUUUAUUCAUAAUUGUGGGCAUUCCGAGAAGCCUCUCACCCACAUGUGGAAUAUCACCAUUCCAGGAGGCAAGCCACCCGUUCGACCCUGGCCGAAAAUUCCAGAGAAUAAACCAACAAUUAAAGUACUUCAUCUUUCUGAUAUUCAUAUUGAUCACCAAUAUGCUGUUGGCUCAGAGGCAUAUUGCCAACUAGACAGUGCUCUUGGAACAUAUGCAAUGUGCUGCAGAGAUUAUUCGAAAGACGGUGAAGGAAGACCAACACAAUACAAAGAUAAGCCAAUAUACGUACCGUCUGGACCAUGGGGAAUGCCAUAUUUGUGUGAUCUGCCAUAUCAGACAUUCGAAUCGGCAAUCAAGCAUAUUAGUAAAACCGUCAAAAAUAUCGACUACAUUAUUAUUACCGGAGACUUUGAGGCUCACGAUUCUUGGGAUUAUACGGAAGAAUUGACUAGAGAAAAUAUGAAUAAUAUGACAAAUGUUUUUUUGGAGUAUUUCCCAAAUAUUCCAGUCUACGUUUCAAUUGGAAAUCACGAAGGAGUUCCACAAGAUGCUAUGGCACCACACACCAUGCCAGAAUAUGAGUCUCGAGGCCCACAAUGGUUGUACAAAAUAAUGGCUGAUAUGUGGGGACAUUGGAUACCGCAGUCUGCUUUGGAAACUGUCCAAUACCGCGCAAGUUACGCCGUUUAUCCGAAGACUGGUUUGAAGCUCAUCUCUCUUAACACCAUUUAUUGCUCCGAGUUCAAUUUCUAUUUAUACAUUGAUGAAGUAGAUCCUGAUGCAACAUUGGAAUGGCUUAUUAAGGAGCUGCUUGAUUCUGAAAAGAAGGGCGAUGUGGUUCACAUCAUUUCCCACAUUCCACCAGGAGACAAUUACUGCCUCAAAGGAUGGUCGUGGAAUUACUUCGAAAUUAUUAAGAGAUUUGAAAAUAUCAUUGCACAAAUGUUCUAUGGUCAUACCCAUUAUGAUCAUUUCCAAGUUUACUACGACAUGGAUGAUAAGAACAGAAGGCCAUUCCAUUUCAACUGGAUCAGUCCAUCGCUCACAACCUAUGCCUGGUUAAAUCCAGCUUAUCGCGUAUAUGAAAUUGAUGGUGGUUAUGAAGGAGCUACUUAUAAUGUGAAAGACGCUUAUACCUAUUUUGCAAACGUGACAGAAGCGAACUUGAAAAACAAAGAGCCGGAAUGGAAAUUGGAGUAUAACACCCGACAAUUUUAUAAUCUUACUGACUUAUCCCCACAAUCGUGGUCAGAUUUAAGUGAUCGACUCUGGGCGAAUAAAACGUUGUUUAGACAAUUUGUCAGAUAUUUCUAUCGGAACCAUUACAACAACGAGUGUCACACGGAUUUCAAAUGCCAUCGCCGAUUUGUUUGUGACAUCAAAAAAGGACGAAGCUAUGAUGAGAGUUUCUGCGAUCAUUUAACAAAAUAA